AUUUGCAAUGUAGACAUUUGCAGUACAGCCAACAGUAUUUUGUUUAUGCUGUCAUGGAUAUUGAAUUAAAGAGAUUGAUGUAAUAGGAUUAUUAGUAAACGUUAGAAAAGAUGGAGGACGAUUUACAAGUUAGUGAUGCCGAAAAGAGUCCGGUAGUAAUAGAGCAGUAUGUACACGACGUACUUGGGUUCAGUUCUCAGUACGGUAGCGAUAUAAGAAUAUCCUACACCGCGUACAAUAUAACUGGUAAACCAAGCAAGUAUCCGAAUUAUGGAGAUUUUCCGCAGGCAUUCGUGAUGAGGACAUAUGGGAGAUGGUGGAAUUUGGCUCCAUCUAGAUUAGUUCCCUAUAUGCGGCAGUCUGUCCGCAGAAUAACUAGUCAAGAUUAUAUAGAUCUAGAAUUCGAGCAAGCAGUGUAUCCUGUUGAGGUAAAAGUUUAUGAAACUUAUAAUCCUGGAUCACUCGUACGAAUCUGGGCAGCAGACAGCAAUGAAGCAUGGACACUUUUGUGGGAAGGCUUGCCUCAAAGGGUUGGCCCUGUGGCCAGAAUAUUUUCCCCAAGGAUUAGGAGCAUUUCUUUUCCAACUAGAGUUUUGCGACUGGAAUUCCAUCACUUACAUUUGGAUUAUUAUACCGAGUUGGAUGCAGUGUUAUUAGUUGGAAUGAAGGAACUUUCUUCCUCAUUCAAUAAAUCUAAUAGCACAUCUGAAAUUAAUGGAAAACAAGUCAGCCGGCUUCUAUCUCAGAUAAAAGAACUGAAUAUUCACAACAUUCCAAAUCAGACUAACAUACCAAAUAAUAUCACCCAGUUUCUAAGUGAUGACUAUCGUAGAAUUGUGUAUCGCACGACAAGAACUAGACCGUUGCCAGAACCACCAAAAGAUAGUCCAGCACCUGUCAGUGACGUAACAAUAGAAGCUCUACCGGAUGAAACUGUCCUUAAAAUAUUGGGUUACUUAGAUCUCAAAUCCUUACGGAAGUGUUCAUUAGUUAACAAACAUUUUUAUGCUUUGGCAACAGAUAGUCUGCUUUACACAGAAUUAAACUUAAAGGAAUACUGGUACUGUGUCACACGACAAACAUUGAAUAACUUAGCUUUACGUUGCCAGCAUUUGCAAAAGCUGGAUCUGUCAUGGUGUGGAGGUACUAAGACUAUUAAGUCAGCAGAUUUUGUUCAGUUUAUUAGUAAUUGUGGGAGCCAGCUGACACAUAUACGUUUACAUUCUUGUAAAUUCAUUGAUGAUGAAGCUCUCUCCAAAAUAGCUUUUACUUGCACUAGACUGAAAGAAUUGGGCCUUCGCAAUUGUACUUCAGUUUUGGAUUCAGGGUUUAGGAAAGUACCAAACUUGAAACACUUGGAGUACUUGGAUCUGUACAGAACAUUAAUUGAACUGGAACCAUUACAAAAUAUCCUUAAGGCAUUGAAGUACUUGAAGCACUUGAACAUUGGUUCUUGUGUGCAUGUGGAAGACAUGGAUAAAAUAGCAGCAAUUUUGGGUGAAUACAACAAGGAUUUAAUAUCUGUUGACUUUUGGAAAGCAACUUCAUUGACAUCAGUUGGAAUGAAGGCACUGAGCCAAUGCCACAAAUUAGAAGAAGUAGAUUUUGGUUGGUGUCUUGGUUUUGGAACACCAGGCGACAGCUUGCAUGCGUUGGCUAAAGGCUGCCCCCGUCUCAAAAAACUGUUCCUUGCUGCUCUGAGAGGUGUGAGUGACCGGGACCUGGAUCUUUUCAUUGAAAACUGCCCUAAGAUGGAACAAGUUGAUCUCAUGGGAGUCAGAUGUAUUUCCAGAGAAAUAUGUCUUAAGUUUCUGACAGAAUGUCGACGCCUCCGGCUUUUGGACUUGAGUUUUUGUGAUCAGAUACAGGACACCCAAGUAGCUCUGUGGAGGCACAUUUUUCCAAAUGUUAGCAUCAAGCGCAGCUCUCAGAAUAGUGGUUAUAUUUCUCCAACAUACUGAAAGGUCAUUCAGGAAUGUUCGAUGAUGCGGGUCCACUGUGUCUUUCCCGAGUGCAAGAAGUAAUGUAUCUACACUGAUAUUAAUGUAACAAGACACCAAAUACUGAGUCGUGCAGGUGACUGGUUCUAAUUGGACUGUCCAGAUUCCAUUAAGAAUUCCAGAACAUUUUAGACUUGCUAGAACAUUAUGAAGAUUAGAAACAGUCACUUUCACUGGAAUCACAUCCACCACCACUUAAGCAGAUACUUAUAAAUAUUGUCAGCAAGCUUUAAGAAACCACCCUUGUUUUCAGUAGUUGUAAUAAUAAUUUAAAACACAGACACAUUCAGCAGUCAGUGACUAAUAUGUAUGUUGCAAGAAGUAUAGAGCACUUCUGUUUUCAACAAUUUGUGACAGCUUACCCAGUAUGCAUAUUUAUCUUUGGCAAUCUCUUACUAUCUUCAUUACCUUUGUGUAAUUCUUUUACUUGUAAUCCCUUUGUUGUUUGAACAAGGAAUUUUAAUUUUGGUUAUAGAUAUUAAGAUUCAUUGCGUUCCAGUUCUGUGUUAUUAGCUUGCCACAGUUUGUGGCAUCAAUGAGUAGGACAUUCUUAUAGUGUUUCAAUAUUGUUCAUAAAUUAUUAUUGCAAUUACAUAUGUGUAUCUGAAAGAUAUGAAUUGUUAAUUUAUUGAACAGUUCUGUGAUAUGUUUCAUUAGCCCUUUUGUAAUAUGCUUUAUUAUGUAGUGAAGGCACUGUAGCCAUUCAGAUAAUGUUAUGCCAACUACUGUCAAAGUGACAUUGUUAUUCUGUACAGAAGACAUUUCUGUUCUAGUAUAAUUCCCUUUCUGGAUCAUAGAAGCCUGUUGUAGUUGACAGCUGAUUGGCAAAAUAUUUGAAUAUUGACAGCCUCUGCCAUGUUGCCCAAGAUGGCCUACAUAGGGACUUAAGCUAUAUUACUGAGUAAUUCAGUGCCACUGUAAAAAUUACAAAAUAUUGUGAUGUUGGAACAUAGAGGGUAUGUUGUGAUAAGUCUUUCAAAUCUCUAAUAUUGAUCUCCUUUUUAAAGAAAGUUAUCUUAAUAAAAUAGGUUCAGUUAUUUCUUGUAUAAUCUACUGAAGACAGGAUUUCUCCUAUUCGUGCCAUGUGAGUAUUUUGAUGUUAUUUUCAUGAAGGAUUUGUCUUAAGGUUCUUAAUGUUAAAAUAAACAUUCAAAUAAUAUUGUCACACAAUUUUCAGAGUUACUUGGUCACUGUUUUGUUCUGUGUAACAUUUAAUGCAGCUAUGUAAAUUCCUCGUAAAUGAUUAAAAAAAAGGACUGUUUCUAAUAUUGGACACACAACUGUUUGUGUGUACCCACAAAGAACUACUUAAAAAGUUAUUCUGAAAAUGUACAAAUUGCAUUACACAUCAUCCAUCUUUAACAAAACAUUUUGAUAAAAUAUUUUAUCAGAGUCUAAGUAAUGUGAUAUUUAUGUAUUAUGUAUAUCUAAAUCUGUGAGUAUAUUUUUGUAGAGACUGUAUGCAGUUUAACAAA